UGUCAAUUCGGCAUCAAUAUAAUCAAUAUUCUGAAGGUUAUCUUGAUAUUUUGUACAUAAAACAUAUCUCUAACGUGUCCUCUGUGUCUCUGUAACGAUGAUAUUUAAGCUGCUGUGUGUUGGCAGACUGGGACGUGGCUCAGAAGAGGACAGUGCCGUUCUUCGCCUGGUCCCUGCUUGAGUCUGUUGGGCUGUCGGAGAUACAGCUGCAGCCGGCCGACAGCAAAGAAUGCAGUCGCUCUUUCACCGUGUACGGCAGCGACGGGAGAGCCAGCCGGGAGAUGCCGGCUUUCGGGGAGAUGCUCCACUGCCUGACGGGUCGAUGCCCGCACGAGUACGAGAUGUACGGCUGCUACUGUGGGCAGGAGGGCGGCGGUCCACCUCGGGACCAGCUGGACAGGUGCUGUUUCUUCCAUCACUGCUGCCUGAAGCAGAUCAGCUCGAUGGGCUGCAGGUCAGACAGGAAGCUCAACGCUCAGAUCUCCUGCGAGGGCGCCAAACCUCGAUGUCAGGGUGUCUCCGUGUGCGACAAGCUGCAGUGCGUGUGUGAUAAAACGACGGCAGAGUGCAUGGCGGCGGCCCACUUCAACCACAGCCUGCCAUUGCAGCGGUGCCGCGGCCCCGGACCUCCCUGCCGCCGGGCCAGCAGACCCCCCAAACCACGAGGGUCUCCUCAGUCCAGCGAGGAGAGCGAAGAGCCGCAGGGAGGAGGAUCCGACCUGGACAAACCCAUAAAGGACGAGACGGAUACAAACACGCCGCCGCUGCCACACCGAGGUCACAGCAGUGAGGAAAGUUCUGACCUGAAGGACGAAGACAAGUCAAAUCCUCCUGUUGGAUCAUACAGCACCUCCACACGUCCUGACCCUCCUCUUCCUCCUCCUCUUCUUCUUCUUCCUCCUCCCUCCAGCGAGCAGAGCAGAGAGCCACCGACACACAGCGGGAUUCAAACCCCCAACCACAGGCCGAGUGCGGUGCCGAGCCACGGGCACCGACCGGCGGGGAGGCCAGAAGGGAGACCAGAAGGGACUGGGAUGAAGGAGGAAGAGGAGGUGGAGGAGGAGGCGGUGGGGGAAGAGGAAGAGGAAGAAGAGGGGGGAGGAGAGGAAGAGGAAGAGGAAGAGGAAGAGGAGGAGAUCUAGAAGCUCCAUCGUUGUUUAAAGAUUGUUGUAAUUUCAAUAACAGAAAUUAUAAUUUAUAGAUGUCAAAAAUCAAAUGUUUACUUUGAUUUUCUGAUUUUUUUUUUGAC